AUGGCGCCCACCCAGGUGCACCACCAUCGGUCCACCACCAAGGUUUCCCAAAAGCCUUUCAAGACCAAGCAUGCCUCCAAGAGCGCUUUGAAAGAGAAGGCAAAGGGCAAGGUCGAGACAGAGCGGGGCAGUCGCAAAACCCCCCACCAACAACUGAAGUCGAAACUCGAUCGCCGCAACCAAGCCCGCCAGAGGCAGCUAUUGAAGCACCAAGAGAAAGCCCAAGCCACCAGUAUUUUCACUGGUCAACAUGGAGCUCCCCGUCAUGUCGCCAUUGUCCCGCUUUCCAGCGAUAUUGAUACCAACGCCGUAAUCCGUGCGCUGAACGAAAGUGUCGAUAUUACUAGCGAGAUUUCCGCCGAGGGACCUACUCGAGUGCGCGUCGAUCGAUUCCGCCAGAGCGUCCAAUACAUCCCUUCCAAAUUUGACCUUGUCAAUGCUAUGGAUGUCUGCCGCAUGGCCGACUUUGUGGUGCUGAUCUUGUCUGCCGAAGUCGAGGUUGAGGAGGAAGGUGAGCUGCUGCUGCGUUCCAUUGAGAGCCAGGGUAUCUCCAACGUUGUGACUGUGGUCCAGGGACUGGAUCAAGUCAACCCCGCCAAGAGAAGACCACAGGUGGCCUCUUCUCUCAAGUCCUUCAUCAACCACUUCUUCCCCACAGUCGAGAAGGUCAUGUCCCUCGAUUCCCGCCAGGAAUGCUCUAAUGCAAUUCGCUCUCUUUGCACUGCCACCCCUAAGGGUAUCCGUUGGCGUGAUGAGCGUAGCUGGAUGUUCAUUGAGGAAGUCCAGUGGCCUAAUGCUAGCGCGGAGGUUGUGGACGAUGUCGUGAUUACUGGUGUCGUCCGUGGAAAGGGCUUGAAGGCCGACCGUAUCGCUCAUAUUCCCGGCUGGGGUGACUUCCAGAUCGACUCGAUCACUGCGGCUUCUUUGCAAACGACCAAGAACAAGCGUGAUGAUGCCAUGAAUGUCGAUGGCACUGACAGUACACAGACCCUGGAAACCCCUACUGCUGACCAGGAUGACAUGGCAACCGUUGCUCCCGAGGAAAUCGAGAUGAUGGACGAUGACAUGGUUUCCGUUGCCGAUACUGAGAAGAAGGGUGUUCUGCUCGAUGAUCACCACUACUUCUCCGAUGACGACUCGCACAUUCCCGCCAAGCCCAAGCGAUUGCCCAAGGGUACCUCCGAGUACCAGUCUGCUUGGUAUCUCGACGAUGUUUCAGACUCUGGGUCUGAUCUGGUUGAUGAGGAUGACGAUGAAGAUAUGGAGAUGGAUGUCACUGGCGCGCCUGAGGAUGGUUUCUUCGCAGACAAGGAAGAUGCUAUGACAGAGGGCGGUCCUUCAGAGUACCCUCAGUCCGAGAUGUUCCUGGACCCAUCUCCAGAGGACGAGGCCCAAGAGCUGGCAGAGUACCGUAAGAGCCGCCGUACUGAUGCCGAGGAUGACCUUGAGUUCCCCGACGAGAUCGAAUUGCACCCCAAUGUGCUCGCCCGAGAGCGUUUGGCUCGGUUCCGCGGCUUGAAGAACAUGAAGAUCAGCCCGUGGGAGACGUCCGAAGACCGUCCAUUUGAGCCUGAAGACUGGCGCCGACUCCUGCAGUUCGGCGACUACAAGGGCACGAAGAACCGUAUCAUCCGCGAAGCCCUUGUGGGCGGCGUCAACCCUGGGGUGCGCGUGGAGGUGCAUCUCCGUGCAGUCCCUGCCUCCCUCCGCCACAAGGCUCAGCCUCUCUCCCUCUUCUCUCUCUUGCGCCACGAGCACAAGCACACCGUUGUCAACGUCAACAUGACUUUGAACUCCAGCAUCGAGAAGCCCGUCAGGUCUAAGGAGCAACUCGUUGUGCAGAUUGGCGCCCGCCGCAUGAUUGUCAACCCUGUCUUCUCGGCCGGCGACAACACCCCGAACAAUGUCCACAAGUUCGACCGCUUCUUACACCCCGGCCGCAGCGCGGUCGCUACCUGGAUUGGCCCCAUGACCUGGGGCGCUGUUCCUAUCCUCGUCUUCAGGAACAAGCAAGUCGAGGAAGACCCAGAGGUACUCGAAUCGGCCGAUGCCCAACCAGAGGCUCUUUCUAUGGAUCGCUUGGAGCUCAUCGGUACCGGCACGGUCAUCUCACCAGACCCGAACCGUGUCAUCGCCAAGCGUGCUAUCCUCACGGGUCACCCAUACAAGAUCCACAAGAAGGUCGUCACUGUCAGGUACAUGUUCUUCAACUCGGAGGACGUGCAGUGGUUCAAGGCACUGCAGCUCUGGACUCGCCGUGGCCGCAGUGGAUAUAUGAAGGAGAGCCUGGGUACUCACGGUUACUUCAAGGCUACCUUCGAUGCCAAGAUCAACCCUCAGGACUCUAUUGGCAUCAGUUUGUACAAGCGUGUCUUCCCUCGGCGGGCAAAGGCCCUGGAAGAGGUUCUGUAA